AUUUUUUUUUAUAAAAAUAAAGAAAAACACAGUUAAAUUUGCACCCUGUUUCUUCACAUUUUCUUUCACUCUUAAAAAUUAAUUUACUUAUAAAAAAAAACCUCUCUCUGUACCGCUAGAUUCGAAUCAAAUCCAUCUCUCCGUGUUCUUCGGCUUCUUAUCAUUUAUUUUUUCUUUCCUUUCACUCACCGGAAAAACCAGAUUUCAAACAGAUCUGGUUUUUUUUUUUAGUCACUGUUUACGCUCAAAUGCGCUUCGUUUUGGCGGCUUAACUUCACUUUGCUAAAUAAUGACGAUCGUCGGCCCGAUCACUCCCGGUCAGGUUUCGUUUUUUCUUGGUGUGUUUCCGGUGAUUUCAGCUUGGAUCUAUGCAGAAUAUUUGGAGCACAAGAGAAAAUCAGUCGCAUCGAAAGCGCACUCUGAUGUGAAUUUAGUUGAAAUCGGAAACGAUGCUGUUAAAGAGGAUGAUCGAGCGGUUUUAUUGGAAGGCGGAGGUCUUCAAUCAGCUUCUCCUAAAGCUCGCUCCUCGUCAUCUUCCUUGUCUCCAAUUCUCAAGUUUCUUAUAAUGGAAGAGACUUUCUUGGUUGAGAAUCGCUUGACACUUCGAGCUAUAUCUGAAAUCGGUGUUCUUUUGGCGUACUAUUACAUAUGCGACCGCACUGAUGUGUUUGCCUCUUCGAAAAAGAGUUACAAUCGGGAUCUUUUCUUGUUCCUUUACUUCCUUCUCAUCAUAGUAUCAGCGAUAACUUCUUUCAAGAUUCACCAUGAUAAGUCACCAUUUUCGGGGAAAUCUAUACUUUAUUUGAACAGACAUCAAACAGAGGAGUGGAAAGGUUGGAUGCAGGUCUUGUUUUUGAUGUACCAUUACUUUGCAGCAACAGAGAUUUAUAAUGCUAUCCGAAUUUUCAUUGCUGCUUAUGUGUGGAUGACUGGAUUUGGGAACUUCUCAUAUUAUUAUGUGCGCAAAGAUUUCAGUCUUGCUAGGUUUGCACAGAUGAUGUGGCGCCUCAAUUUCUUGGUAUUUUUUUGCUGUGUCGUCCUCAAUAAUAGUUAUAUGCUGUACUAUAUAUGCCCCAUGCAUACUCUGUUCACUCUUAUGGUUUAUGGGGCACUUGGUAUUCUGAACAAGUACAAUGAGAAUGGGUCAGUGAUUGCUCUAAAAAUCAUUGCCUGCUUCUUGGUGGUUAUCCUAGUAUGGGAAGUGCCUGGAGUGUUUGAACUUCUCUGGAGCCCAUUUACUUUUUUUCUUGGAUAUACUGAUCCUGCAAAGCCAAACUUUCCCCGCUUGCAUGAGUGGCAUUUCCGCUCAGGCCUUGAUCGGUACAUAUGGAUUAUUGGAAUGAUAUAUGCAUACUACCAUCCAACUGUUGAACGGUGGAUGGAAAAACUUGAGGAAACAGAGGUGAAGAGGAGAGUAUCAAUUAAAAUGGCUGUGGCGAUAAUAGCCCUGACGGUGGGAUUUUUCUGGUUCGAGUACAUAUACAAGCUUGACAAGAUCACUUACAAUAAGUACCACCCUUAUACCUCAUGGAUCCCUAUAACUGUGUAUAUAUGUUUACGAAAUGUCACCCAGUCCUUCCGAAGCUACAGUUUAACCCUUUUUGCGUGGCUUGGAAAGAUAACGCUGGAGACCUACAUCUCGCAGAUCCACAUAUGGCUCAGAUCGGGAGUCCCAGAUGGUCAGCCUAAGCUACUGCUUUCUUUGAUCCCAGAUUACCCGAUGUUGAAUUUCAUGCUCACUACUUCCAUAUACCUUGCAAUAUCUUACAGACUCUUUGACUUGACAAAUAUACUGAAAUCAGCUUUUGUGCCUACCAAAGACAACAAGCGCCUUAUCCACAACUUAAUUACUGCUGUUGUAAUCUCAAGCAUUUUAUACUCGUUAUCCUUUGUGUUCCUCAGAAUACCUCAGCUGUUGGUGUGAGAAUUAUAAAUAUAGAAAUACCAAAAGCCUGCCACUAGAACCUUGUUCAUUGCUGUGCCAUUGGUAGAGUAGCUCGACUGCUGCUGACUUUACCUUCACAAUGGAAACGUAAAAUUGCAGAAUCCAUCACACUUCAAUUGGAGAAGCCGUCGAUCAUGCGAAGUCUCAGAACAUGCAGCAUCAGUUGUAUAGGUAAAAGAUUUAAAGUCAGCAUAAAACCUCCAAUUGAGGUGUUAUUUUUGUUCCCUAUUGGUUUCCACUAGUACAAUAUAGCGACCAUACCAUGUCUAAAGCAACUCACAUUGGCUUGCAUUUUACAUUGAUCUUAUAUUCUUCUUACAUUUGCCUUUGCUUAAUAUACACGUGUGCAUGGAAAAAAUCAAAUGUGGAUUCAUUUGAGCUAGUAUAAAUUUU